CGACGCGCGCGGGCACCGAGCAGCGGAGCACCCCACUCGCUUCUUUCGAUCGCACGCCGCACGAUGGCCGCGACCUGCACCGCCGUUUCCGCGGCGCGCGUCACCGCCCCGACGGUGACCCGCUCCCGCAACGGAGCCGGAACCAACAACCUCCGCGCUGCCGUCGCGAGGCCCGCGUCGCGCCGCGCGUCGCACGCGCGCGUCGCCCCGCGGGCGGUCGCCACGGAGACGGCGACGUCCGCGCCGGCGACGGCCGCGGGCGACACCGCGCUCAUCGACUCGCUCCGCCCCACCUCCGCGGAGUGCGCCAAGACCCUCGUCGCCAUCGCCAACACCGGGACCAUCUCCACCGCGUGCGAGGACGGGAUCCCGCUGGGAACCUUCGCGUCGUACGUCGUCAGCAAGGAAGGCGAGGUGAUCCUGCGCAUGCGCGCGGACGCCUUGCACACCGCGAACGUCACCCGUGACCCGCGGUGCUCGCUCUACGUCCAGCCCGCCACGCAACCCCCGGGCGUCCUCUCCAGGGCGACCCUCAUCGGAUCGCUCUCGCGCCUCGACGACGAAGCCGCGACCAAGGCGUCCAAGCAGUACAACGAGACACACGGCGAGAACGUGGGCGUCGACGCCGUCGCGGGCAGCGACGUCUACUACAAGUUCGACGUCGACCGCGUCUUCUACGUCGGGGGCUUGGGAUCCGACAAGCGCGCGGAGGUUGUCUCCGCCGCCGACUUUGACGCGGCACUGAGCGAUCCGCUCGCUCGCAUCGCCAACUCCGUCGUCGACGCCAUGAACGGCGAGCGGUACGAGGACGUCAUGAACUUCGCCCGCGCGAGCCUUCCCGACGAGGCGGAGCCCGCGGAGGCGCGGAUGCUGUGGGUCGAUCAGCUCGGCUUCGACGUCAGGGUGAUCACCUCCGCCGGGGAUGGAGCCGUGGGGAAAGUGUUGGACGUUCGCGUCCCGUUCCCGGCGCCGGCGACGACGCAGCAGCAGGUGCUGUCGUCGCUGACGAUGCUCGCGCAGGUGAUGUGGGAAGAGGAGAAGCAGUACCAGCCGCAGCCGGUGCCGCAGGAGACGACGUCGGGGGAGGGGAGCGAUUGAUGGGGUUGACGGAUCCGCGAUUCGAUGGGGAGCGAUCCGUCAAUGGGGGUUCCCUCGGCCGGAGUCGGGGGAGGGGUGACGGGUGGGCGAAGUCCUCGAACGAGCUCGAAGCCCGCGUUGUUUCAAUACCGAUUAACAUUACAACGA